GGGCACUGGGUCAUCAGGCAUUGGAUCGUCUGGCUCGACAGCGGGCAUCGGGUCACCAGGCAUGACAGCGGGCACUGGGUCAUCAGGCAUUGGAUCGUCUGGCUCGACAGCGGGCAUCGGGUCACCAGGUAUGACAGCGGGCACUGGGUCAUCAGGCGUGAUAGGAUCAUCAGGCUGGAUCAGUUCAUCAGGCUGGGUACAGACAUCAGGCUGGGUAGAGACAUCAGGCUGAAGUGCGGGUGCCGAGGCACCAGGCUAAACCACGGAAGGCAGGUUCUCAGAUGGCAGGCUCACCGGUUUGGAUACUGGCAGGAUGGUACUGGUUGGAAAGAAUUUUUGCUUUUUUUCUGGUUUUAACUACUGG